AUUGCCUCUUAACCUUUGACCUGUUAAUCGACGAGUCAAAGUGGUUCCCCGAUAACAUAACGCGUUACAGUUCUAUCUCAACAGUUAACCGAACAACACCUAAAAAUGGAAGAAAAAGAGUUCGAAAUUCCGGUGCCCUGGGGACAGAUUGCAGCGAAAUCGUGGGGAAACGACAAGAACCAGUUGGUCUUGAUGAUCCACGGGACAAGUGACAAUGCUGGAUCUUUUGAUAGGUUAAUUUCUCACUUGCCGGACACAUUUUACUACAUCGCGUUUGAUCUUCCCGGUCACGGAAAAUCAAGUCAUUUUCCUAGCAACAUUCCGCUCCAUGAAAUUAACUACAUGCUCGCCGUUAACAUGGUGGUCAAUUACGUGAACAGGGAAAAGAUCAUACUGAUCGGCCAUAGCUGGGGAGGACAAAUGGCCAUGUUAUAUUCGCAAUUUUACCCGGAGCGCGUUUUGCGACUGGUGGUAAUUGAAGCAGUCUACUUUUCACCUGUGUCGGUCGACUACUUUAAACAGUGCACCACUGAGUACAUCGAUAGUGUCAUCAAGUUACUAGAAAAAUCCAAAACGAGCAAGCCUCCAGUGUAUUCGUUUGAGAAAGCGAAGCAUGCCAUCAUUAAUGGGCGAAUGUAUGGAAAACUGAAGCCAGAAGCUGCAGAACCUUUAUUGAAACGGUGCCUAAAUUCUAUCGGCGACAAUCAGUACCAAAUUACAAACGACCUGAGACUAAAAACGAAACAUUGCCUGUUCGUCGAUAUGGAUUUUUGUGUUUCAGUGAUAAAAGAGCAUCCUGUUACCUGUCCACUUCUAAUUAUCGUUGGAAAGGAUUCCACGCCUCUGUUGGAAUACUACAAAGAGUUUCUGAAGGAAUUAAAGCAUGCCAAUCCUAAAUGUACCACAAUGGAAGUUAACGGAAAUCACGACGUUCACAACAACAAUCCGGAAUUAGUAGGUCCGCCAAUUCAUAGUUUUUUAACUACUAGUAAUUUGUAAAGCUAAGAUUAUGGAAACGCUGCUAAACUAAUCAGAUAACAUUUAUUAAAACUUCAUGACAUUU